AUGUGGAGUACGGGAGUCGCUGGGCUGGCGCAGAUUCCCGGGCUAAGUCGGGAGCUACAGCUGUUCCUGCGGAGCUCCAGCCUGGCCGCGGCGACGGCGCCGGGGCACAGCACAGACCGCUCCAGCUCCAGGCUCUCCUCUCCUCUGCCUCACCUCAGCAUCGCCAUGGAGCCCAACAGCCCCAAAAAAAUACAGUUUGCUGUGCCCCUGUUUCAGAGCCAAAUAGACCCUGAGGCAGCUGAGCAGAUCAGGAAAAGAAGGCCGACGCCAGCAUCACUCGUCAUCAUGAAUGAACACAUGCCCCCAGAAAAAGACGAGAAGAGAACAAACAUCUCACAGGCAGAGUCGCAGAGUGCCUCUCCCAAGCAGAGGAAGCAGAGCGUCUUCACCCCUCCUGCCCUCAAAGGGAUUAAGCAUCUGAAGAGUCAGAGCGAGUCAGUGUUCCCAGAAGAAGAAGAGGGGCUUGGCGAGCGGGAAGAGGAGUGGGGCCAUUAGCCAGACGGAG